UCGUCCCAUGUCACAUUCGCUCAGAACGAAGCCGGUUGUCAGUCAAUAUGGAUGUCCAAAUUUGUGUCUCAAGUUUUUUAGCAUUAGUGCUUUAUAUGAACACAUUGGAUGCAGAUUUUGCAUACGACGACAGCCGAGCUAUAGUGAAGAAUCAAGACCUGGAACCAAAGACGCCAAUAAUCAACAUAUUCUACGACGACUUUUGGGGGACACCGCUCACAAAAAUAGCCUCCCACAAGUCGUAUAGACCAAUAUGUGUUCUCUCGUUCAGACUCAACUAUUACCUAGGGGCAUUAAACCCUUGGGGAUACCACCUGGGAAAUGUCAUCCUCCAUGUCAUAGUGACAGCACUGUUUACAAAAUUAUCGCGGACAUUGUUAAAGCACUCGUUUCCAACCCUAGUGUCUGGCGUUUUAUUCGCGUCACAUCCCGUGCACACAGAGGCAGUGGCAGGCGUCGUAGGUCGAGCUGACAUAGGGGCCUGUUUUUUCUUCCUACUUGCAUUGCUAAGUUACAUGAAAUAUGUGAAACUGCGAGACACAUUGCAUGAUCCAGGUGGUGGGGACAGUGGAUCUAAGAGAUUUGUGUUCUUUAUUGGGACCGCAGUUUUGACAACUGCGAGUCUGUUGACUAAAGAACAAGGUGUGACAGUCCUAGGGGUGUGUGCAGCAUAUGACCUUUUUGUGCAUAAUAAAAUGAAAAUUCCUCAUAUUCUGCAGUUCUAUAAAAAGGAUGAAUGGCGGCGAGCUAUGGAAGGUUUCUUCCUGUUAGUCAUUGUGCUGGUAACCCUGGUUGCGUUCCGCAUGUAUUUCAUGGGCAACACUCCACCCGAGUUUGCCCCGUCAGACAAUCCUGCCUCGGAUUCCGACAGCUUCCUAACUAGAACCCUCACCUAUUUCCUAUUGCCAGCGUUGAACGUCUGGAUUUUGCUUUGCCCUCGAGUGCUUAGUUUUGAUUGGUCGAUGAGCUCAAUACCGCUAGUUGAAAGUGUCUCAGACUACAGAAAUAUUUUUACAUUGACAUUUUACACCAUUCUGGCAUAUUUUGUGUUAACUAUUUUAAAUUUUAUUCAUUCGCAUUCCGAAGAUAAAGUGUGCAUGAAUGGUAAUGGCCACUCAGGUCAUGGGACGUUACACGGGAAAUACUCGGCGGGAAAACAAAAACAAUAUAGCCGACAAUCUUCGUUGACUGAUCAAAAUGUCUCAACUACAAAUAGUCAUUCCCCAACAGUCUCAUCACAUUCCAUAGACGUUUUAAUAUUCUCAGCAGCGUUGAUGGUGUUGCCGUUUGUUCUAGCUACAAAUUUAUUUUUCUACGUAGGCUUUGUCAUAGCGGAGAGGGUUUUAUACAUUCCAAGCAUGGGCUUUUGCAUGCUUAUUGCUCACGGUGUACAUAUUAUUUAUAAGCGUUAUGAUCAAGAUGGUCUCAAACAAAAAUGUGUAGUCUUAGCAACAGUGUUCCUUGUACUGAUGAAUUCUGGGAAGACGGUUGUUCGGAAUCGUGACUGGGCAUCUGAGGAAAUGCUGUAUACAUCUGGGAUAGCGGUCAAUCCACCUAAAGCCUGGGGAAACCUAGCGAACAUUUAUAACAACCAGGGACGGAUCACAGACGCUGAGACGGCUUAUAGAAACGCCCUAAAGUACCGCCCUAACAUGUCAGAUACGCAUUAUAACCUAGGGAUCCUAUUACAGAACCAGAAGCGUUAUAAAGAUGCUAUAGACAGCUACAACAAGGCUAUAAGCUUUCGUCCAAACCUCUCCAUGGCCCAUUUGAACCUGGGUAUCCUGCUGGCCCAGCUUGGGGAUAAGAAACAGGCUGAACAGGUGUACCGCCACUGUGCAGAUCUGGACACCAGCAAGCUGAAGGACCCUCGCCUACACGAGAGCACCAAGAUCUCCUGCCUAUACAAUCUGGGCAGACUCUACAAUGACCAGAAACAAUUUGAGGAUGCCAUGAGGGUUUUUGAGGAAGCUCUUCAAAGAAGACCUGACCAUUACGCCCCACAGUCCAUAUACAAUCUCUAUGGUGAGACACACUUCAACAUGGGAAAUCAUGUCGAAGCUGAACGCUAUUUCAAGAAGGCCCUGCAAGCCAAACCAGACCAUAUACCUGCACAUCUUACUAUGGCCAAACUUUUCCAUAAACAAGGCAAGAAUGAGGAAGCAGAGAGCUGGUUCUUGAAGGCCAAGCAUCUUGAUCCCUCUGACAACACCGUGUACCAGCACUAUGCUUUGUUCCUGGGUGAAGUGGGCAGACUGACAGAAUCAGCCUCUCUCUAUAAAGACAUACUGGAGAAAGAUCCAGAAAACUUUGAGAUGAUUUUCAAUGCAGCCAAUGUGCUACGCCAAGUUGGUCAGAACGGCGAUGCAGAAAAAAUGUUCAUAAAGGCAACACAACUUCGACCAGAGGAGGCCACAGCACAUAUGAAUCUGGGUGCCAUGUACCACAUCAACAACAAACUGACAGAAGCAGAGAAGAGCUACACACGAGCCCUAGAGUUGAAACCAGGAGAUAGAACUACGCAAGAGAACCUCGCCAAGUUGAAGACUCUGAUGAGCUCUAAACAUUAAGGCAAUUAGAGGUGACUGCUUGAUAAAGCAGAACAAUUAAGUUUAGAAGUUUCAUGUUUAGUAUGAACUUCCAGUCCUGUUGAAAUGGAAAAAAGGAGUUCAUUUGUAUCUUGUGGUUAAAUUGAGUAAUUCAAUUCAGUUCAUUUGCAUGUUCAGCUUGUCGUGGAUAUGGUCAGGUGGUUUUCUUAACUAAUGGUAAUGUUUAUACAAGAAUGGCUGCAGAUUAGUAUGGUCAUUCAAUGUCUGUAUUACCAUAGGGGUAUCAAGAAGGGUAAGCCUUGUAUGUGCAACUAAGGAUGAUUACUUAUAUGGCAAAAUAAAUUGAAACAUGCAUUUAAAGCAUAAUGAACAACCAUCAUCCCUUAAAGUGCGAUGUUUAUUUAGGUGAUACCUAAUUUUGCCUUUAUUGAUACACGAGCCUUACAAAUUGAUUGUUAUUGUUUGUGUCCAUGAUUUUGAGAAAAUUUGACUUUUCAUUAAAGCAAUAUAUUUAACCUGUGAUCAUGGAUCAUCUCACUUUUAAUUAACCAUUAGGCUGUUAGUUAAAUAUUAUUUCAUAUAAAAUCAUUCUCUUUAAUAUCACUUUUGGGGAUAAUAUUGGUCUCAAAUAAAUUAUAUGUGAUAAAAUGUUAUGGAGGUAUAUAUCUGUAAUUGUGUAUAUUCUUUUGGUCAAGAAAUAAUAUGAGAACAUGCAAUCAAUUAAACAAGAUAACUGUUAAUGAAGUAAUCAAGAAAUAUAGUUGUGAGGGAAACAAAAAUGUUUUGAUAAAAGUUGGAGCAUAAUAAUUUAUUUAGGGUGUACAUGUACAUUGUAUUUCAUUACACAAUAUUUCAGUUAGUAGAGAACUUUAUCAGCAAUAUUCAUAUAUCAUGCAGUGAUUAUAGUGUUGUUGCAAUUUUAUAAUAGAUAUCAUGAUUUUAAGCAAUGUAUUGUCUGCAUUUAGUUAAAGCCACAGGCAACACUUUAAAUGAAUUGUAGUUGACUUUGCCAAAAUUCAAGUUCUUUGUGCUAGACAAUCACUAAAGUAUGAUAUGUUUGUAAACCAUAUAGAUUUUAAAAUUCCUUUGUUGAUUUUAAUAAUGACAGAGAUUUUUUUUAAAGUGCUUUGAAUAGGGAAUGUUCUGAAGUCUUGUUUAGUUUCAUUAACUUUCAAAAUUGUCUUUGAUUUUGUUGUGACAAGUAAUGUUGGAUUGUCAUUACCUUUAACUUAUGUCAUGACCUUGAGCUGAAGAUUUUCUUAAGAUGUUGAAAAGCUGUGAAGUGAAGCGAGGCCUUAUGCCGGCCAUUCAUAGUCAUUUAUUGUAUUCAGAUGUAGCAUGAAUGAUUUUGUUGUUUUAUUUGGAAGAUGCAUGGAAUCUCAGAAUGAAAUAAUUCAACUAUGUGAAUUAUUGUGAAUAAAAUUUGGACAAUAUUUUUUAUAUGAUUCAAGUCAUUGUUAUUGUUGGUAUGAUAAUGUUUGUUGCAUUCAUUAAAGUUUCAUGUAUAAACAAUUGUAAUCUGCAAUACUUGGAUAUGAAAAGUAAAAGGUAUUUUGUUCUAAAGCUGAGACAAUAGAUAUCACAAGAUGGCAAUCAAUUUAGCAUUCCUGUAAUAUUAUUAUUGAGUAAAAAGUUACCUAUUAUUGAUAUUUAAUAUAUAUUUCUUUAAAAUUUGCUCAUUUCUGUAUUUGAUUGUUUGUUACUUUGAUUUUGUUCAAGUAUCUCUUAAGUGAUAAUUGGUAACAUUCCAAUAGGUGUUUACAUGAUGCAUUAAUGUCUGUAUUUUUGGUUUGUUGUUGCCUAUGCUGUUAUUAUGCUCCCCCGAAAUUUAAUUUGUGGGGAGCAUAUAGUCGCCGCUUCGUCUGUCUGCCCGUCUGUGCACAAUUUUUGUCCAGGCUAUUUCUCAGCAACUAAUGACCGGAAUUCAAUGAAACUUUAUGGGAAGCUUCACUACCAAGAGGAGAUGUGCAUAUUAUCAGCGGGUUUUGGUCGGAUGAUUUUUCACAGAGUUAUGGCCCUUUGAAAUUUUCCAUUAACUGUACAUAUAGUGCAAUUUUUGUCCGGGCUAUUUCUCAGCAACUAAUGACAGGAAGUUAAUGAAACUUUAUGGGAAGCUUUACUACCAAGAGGAGAUGUGCAUAUUAUCAGUGGGUCCUGGUCGGAUGAUUUUUCACAGAGUUAUGACCCUUUGAAAUUUUCCAUUAACUGUACAUAUAGUGCAAUUCUUGUCCGGACUAUUUCUCAGCAACUUAUGACCGGAAUUCAAUGAAACUUUAUGGGAAGCUUCACUACCAAGAGGAGAUGUGCAUAUAAUCAGCGGGUUCUGGUCGGAUGAUUUUUCACAGAGUUAUGGCCCUUUGAGAUUUUCCAUAAAAAAUUCUUGUCCCCCCAAAUACUGUGCCCUCAAGACGCUUUCUUUUAUCUGAAAAAUAUAUAGUGCAAUAUUGUGACAAAAAAAACCUUUGGGGAGCAUCAAUUGUCUGCGACGGUUUCUUGUUUUAUGGUAUAUGUUCUUGUUCUGAACCUUUUAGCAAUGCAGUCAGCACAGGCUUAUAAGAGACUAAACAUUCCACUUAGAAUAGAAUAUUUCUUUUAGAAAACGUCUCUUCUGAACAAAAAUCCUGUCUAGGCAUUAAUGGUCUGAUGAGCCUGUGCGGACGGUACAGACUCAUCUGUGAAUUUUUUUUAAUCCAGAUGCAUUAAGUCAGGUUUUCUCAAAGACCAGCUCAUAAUAUUACUAUUGACAACAUUCCUGAAUGUUUUUUAAUUUUACUAGGCUGGGAGACAGUUUAUCCUUGUUAAUUAUGAUUCCCUAUUGCUAUUUUAUUCUCUGGAUGUUAUACAACCUGAAACAAGAAAUUGCAUAGUUUAGAAUAUUUGACUUUUAGGCUUGUGAAUUGCAACCAUUGACAAAUCUAUUAACAUAAUGAUUCAUACUCUUGAGAAUUGCAUCAUGGUUUAUUGAGCUGCUUCACACUUAUUUAGGUGUUGUUUCAUACGCGGCCAGCAAAGCUCAAGACUAGCCGGCAAAGUUUGGUCAAGAGCUACCUGCUAAUAAGACCACAAAACAUUGACAUUAUAGCAGACAGCAUAGCUCCUGACCAGAUUGCGUAAUUGCAUUUUCGCAUAACAUGGACCAAAUGUUUUUUUUAGCUCAGCUGUAUUCGGAGAAAACCCGAGGUAUUGUCAUAGCCAGCUUGGUGUCUGCGGUCCGCUGUCCGCGUCGUGCUAAAACCUUGACAUUUUUCUCUACAAUCAAAUUGCUUCCACCUACAUCUUUGUAACUUCAUUAUGUAGAUGCACCUUGAUGAGUUCUACAUGCAACAUUUUUAGGUCACUAGGUCAAAGGUCAAGAUCACUGUGACCUCUUAAAAAAUUAAUUCUGGCAAGCUUUCAUUUAUUCAAAACUGCACUCGCAGCCGAAUGUUGGCACCCGUUAUGCGGUGCUCUUGUUUACAGUUAUAUUGAUCAAAUGGCCAUGACAUUGAAGUAAAUCUUAAGCUCUGUGUAACAAUUCAUGGGAUCUUAAAUAACAACUCAAAUGUCAAUUAGAACAUACAGUGAAAUUGUCAAUUUGCUAUGUUUGUAUCGGACUUUGAAUUGUCUCAUUAUACUUAUGUAAAUGCAAGUAGUUGAGAUCUGUAAAACAAAUUUGUCAAUAUAUACAAAUAUUAUUGAUUACCACAACUAAUAGAAAAGCUAAUAUUUUAAGGGUUGAAUAAUUAUUGUAUGUUUAAAGAAUUGGGAAAAAUAUAAUACAUUAAUCAUUAUGUGUAAGUGUCGCACAGCACAGACUGUCAUUGCAAUCCUGUCAAGAUAGACAGUUGAUGCUAUUAGCAAUAUUUUGUUUAUAAAUUUGUUACCAAAAAUAUGUUAUAUUAAAUAGCAAUAAAAGAUUAGAAAUUU